AUGGACACACUUUCUUCCACUUUUCUUCCUAAAUUACAUUUCAAAUACAUUCUUUCUCCGAUCCCCUUGUCACCACCCCCAACAUCACCCCUCCCUCAACCCAAUUCUCUAAAUAUUUCAUCAGUUAGAAUUGAAGACAAACCAAAAACCAGCAGCUCCACCACCACCACCACCACCAGCAGAAGGGCUGCACCUCAGCCACUAAAGAAACAAACUCCACCAACACCAACACCAACACCAACAGUCCAACAAACAAAUACUCGUAAAAGGCCAACAGAGCCGUUAUCAUUGCCAACAACUAUCUUCAACGUUAUUGAUGGUUUCAUAAACACUUUUGUUGACCCUCCUCUUCGUCCCUCAGUCGAUCCAAGGUAUGUUCUUUCGGACAACUUUGCACCGGUGGACGAGCUUCCUCCCACGCUAUGUCAAGUAGUGGAAGGCUCUCUUCCUACUAGCCUUAAUGGUGCAUACAUCCGCAAUGGCCCGAAUCCUCAAUUCCUUCCACGCGGCCCUUACCAUCUAUUCGACGGGGAUGGGAUGCUGCAUUCGAUAAGAAUUUCUGACGGAAAAGCUACUCUUUGUAGCCGAUAUGUCAAGACCUAUAAGUACACAGUUGAAAACAAAAAUGGGUUUUCAGUUGUUCCUAAUGUGUUUUCAGGGUUCAAUGGCCUCACGGCUUCCGCCGCGCGCGGUGCACUUGCUGCUGCUCGAAUGGUCGCUGGGCAAUUCAAUCCUGUCAAUGGAAUUGGCCUUGCAAACACCAGCUUGGCACUUAUUGGUGGAAAGCUAUAUGCUUUAGGCGAAUCUGAUCUUCCAUAUGAAGUGAAAGUGGCUGAAAAUGGGGAUAUUUUUACCGAGGGUCGAAACGAUUUUGAUGGUAAGCUUUUCAUGAGCAUGACGGCACAUCCUAAAAUUGAUCUCGACACCAAGGAGGCCUUCGCCUUUCGAUAUGGCCCAAUGCCUCCAUUCUUAACAUUUUUCCGAUUCAAUGCCGACGGAACAAAACAACCCGACGUACCAAUCUUUUCCAUGACAAGCCCCUCAUUUCUUCACGACUUUGCCAUCACAAAAAAAUACGCAAUAUUCCCCGAAAUACAAAUUGGAAUGAACCCUAUGGAGAUGAUGGCCGGAGGAUCUCCUGUCGGGGCAAAUCCCGGCAAAGUGCCCCGCCUCGGAGUAAUUCCGAGAUAUGCUAAGGAUGAAUCUGAAAUGAAGUGGUUUGAUGUGCCUGGAUUCAAUAUAAUACACGCAAUCAACGGUUGGGAUGAAGAUGAUGGUGAUACAAUAGUAUUGGUGGCACCAAAUAUAUUGUCAGUUGAACACACGUUGGAGCGUAUGGAUUUAAUUCAUGCAUCAGUAGAAAAGGUGAAGAUUGACCUCAAGACAGGCAUGGUGUCCAGGCAUCCAGUUUCAACAAGAAAUCUUGACUUUGCUGUGAUCAAUCCAGCUUAUGUUGGAAAGAAAAACAAGUAUGUGUAUGCAGCAGUAGGAGAUCCAAUGCCGAAAAUAUCGGGGGUGGUGAAGCUCGACGUAUCGGUAUCGGAUUGCGAUCGUUGCGACUGCAUCGUGGCGAAUCGGCUUUACGGAGAAGGUUGCUUUGGUGGCGAACCAUUUUUUGUGGCAAAAGAGCCUAACAAUCCAAAUGCAGAUGAAGAUGAUGGUUAUGUGGUGAGUUAUGUGCAUAAUGAGAAGACUGGAGAAUCAAGAUUCUUGGUUAUGGAUGCCAAGUCCCCAAAUCUUGAUAUUGUGGCUGCUGUUAAGCUGCCAAGGAGGGUACCUUAUGGCUUCCAUGGGCUCUUUGUGAGGGAAAAUGACCUCAACAAGCUAUGA